CCACGGAGUUCUAGGUUCAACCAACGAUGUGUUUGUUAUGUGCUCCGCCAGAAAAGUAGACGGCGAUACUGUGCAUGCAACAUCUUGUAGUACCAGAUGACGACUACAGACAAAAAGGGCGCGGGAAAUUUGGAAAUGGCGGAGUACAUAACCAGUGAGGAGGAGGCAACGUCUUCCUCCUCCCUCGAGCUGUACGAGGCACAGUUCUUUGGUUUCACCCCUCAGACCUGCAUGGUGAGAGUAUACAGUGCCUUUCAGGACUGCCUGAAUGAAUUGCUACUUGUCGUAGAAGCAGUGUUCGUGAGAAAACUAAGCGGGACUGAACCAAAGGAAGAGCAACUACAUUUAAGGGCAAGAGAAUGCACCCAAAAGUUGCAGAUAUUCCUUCAGGAACGCUUCAAGCGUCUGUCUGGUCGCAUGGAAACCGUUUUGGUCAACAACGUCCUCUCAGUCCCGCCAAAUGUGUUGCUGCCUGAAGACCAGCCACACAAAAAGUACCCUCAACGUUUAGAGGAGGUUCUUAAGCUGGAGUCUUCCCUGGCAGAGCUGCAACAAGCGUACCAAGUGGAGGUGUGUGCCAGGCAGGCCUUGCUGGCUGAACUGGAGGAGCAAAGAGAGGUCCAAGAGCAGCUGGAUGGGAUCCUGAGAUGGAUUGGAGAACUACAGGCAGCAUGGAUGCAAGAGGGAAUGGGCAGCUUUCACAACAGCUUCUGUGUGAUGAUGCAGUCAGUCAAGAAACUGCAGGCUGUCUUUGGAGAGAUCAAUAAGAAAAGCAAAAGACUGAAUGAGAACUCGUCAGUGGGAUGGACCCACAUGGUGUAAAAUACUUGUUAGUGGUGUUGUGAGAUGGGUAGGUUGCAGGUGACUUGGAAUAGCACCCUCUGUCAGACAAAAGACAAAUAGAAUUCUAUGCCUUUGGAUGUAUUAACAAUUAUACAAUUUGUCAGACACAAGUCUUACAAACAAGAAUGUGAGCAGUUUUUAAACCUCAAUUCAUCUUUGGUUUGAUAUAUUUACCUUUUGAUGGUUUACUAUACAUUCUAAAUAUAUAUUAUCCACAAUUUGAGUAGUAAGAGGCUCAAGCAGUUAGUCUUUUUAUUUUUAUCUCCCAGUCUUAACUCUGGUUCUUUGAAAAGCAUUUUUUAUUUUUUAUAAAUGAAUGUUAAUUAGUGAAUGAACUUUGGAGCCAUAGUCACCACAAGGGGGAAGCAUUGGUUUGUUAUUGCCAUCUCAAAUGUAAAUUGACCAAGCAGUGCCAUUGUACUGUGUGAAUUAUUUUUGAUUCGUUGCCGUAUUAUCUUUUUGGCAAAAUCAUUAAAUGUACAACACUUUAAUAAUUUUGAAUGAAUAAAAGUGUAAUUGUGCAAUUGCAUCUGAUUUAAAUCAGGUAUAAUUUAAAUCAUUCCAAUCCUUUCUCAUCAUGGUCUCUAAGUCAGAUGCAGUCUAGGCUUGUCUGUGAUGUCUAAUGCUGUAUGAUGUUGACUGACUGAUAAGUAGCUGGUUUGACAGUGGGCUGCUCUGACAGUAUGGUCUUGGUGGGAGUCCCAGCAGUGAUCAUACAGUUGUGUGAUGUCCAUGGCUGGAACCCCAGGCUCCAUAUUCACAAAGGGUCUUUCCUGUUAAUGGAUACCGGGAAUGUAAUUACAGGCUAUGUUUAAAAAAUACAAUAAAAACACAUUUAAUUGAAUGUUGGCCUACAUUUUACCAGCAGAGAGUACAUUCAAAUAGGUGUAAAGAUUUCCCCCCCAAACAAGGCAAUAUGCACUGGACAUCCAACAUGUUGUUCUGGUUUCAGUAUGUUCAGAUGCACAUUUACAUGCAUGCUCACACCCCAAUUCUAAAUUCAUUGUAUAAUUAUUUGAAUCAUUUGUUAGCCUGUUGUGGUGGAUCCAGUCAGGUAACAUCAAAGUAGCAUAACAUGUCUGUGAAGUCAGGUUCAAACCUUUUCAUGCUCAUAAUUAAACAUGAGACGUAUGUCUGGUUUCUUUUUAUUUCUGAAGCCUGGGGAUACUUUUAUCUCAA